AGCAACAUAAACCCCAGCAACACCGCCAGCCCGGCAGGACAUCCACCAUUCCAACUGCGUCACUGCUUGAGAUCUUGACUGAUCUUGAGACUGUCAGUCUGCCUAGGGCAUUCUCUUAACUACAAAAAAAAUUGGAUAUAUCCAUCUGACCUCCAAUCACUACAUUCAACCCACUUUAUACUUGUGUCCAGCUAGCGAUAGUUAUCGCAACCCGCAACCGAACACCUACACCACUUACUCGCCGGGUUACCGCCACCACGACCACCACAGCCACAAACCUCAAAACCACAUGCGCUGCCCGCGCAGCUUGAAUCGGUGAACAACAUGCUCCCCACAAUGCGAAGCGUGAUCCUCUGCGUAGUGAUCCUUCUAUGCGUACUGCAGCUGGUCGCCGCGGCGGAAGACUACUACAAGACCUUGGGGCUGGACAAGUCUGCCUCAGAGAAGGACAUAAAACGGGCAUAUCGGAACCUAAGCAAGAAGUUCCAUCCGGAUAAGAAUCCUGGCGACGACACGGCCCGCGAGAAGUUCGUACUGAUCGCGGAAGCAUACGAUAUCCUGUCGACAGCGACGACGCGGAAGAUCUACGACCAGUACGGCCACGAGGGGAUCGAGCAGCACCGACAGGGGGGAUCAGCGGGGGGCCGGCGCGGGGGUAAUGAUCCGUUUGAUCUGUUUUCGCGGUUCUUCGGGGGCGGGGGCCACUUUGGGCAUGCGCCGGGUCAUCGGCGGGGUCCCGAUAUGGAGCUGAAGGUCGGGCUGCCGCUGCGGGAUUUCUACAAUGGGCGCGAGGUGUCAUUUGGGGUGGAGAAGCAGCAGAUCUGCGACGCGUGCGAGGGGACGGGCUCGGCCGACCGCGAGGUGAUCACCUGUGAUAAGUGCCAGGGUCGCGGCGUCGUGAUCCAGAAGCAUCAGCUGGCGCCUGGUAUGUUUCAGCAGGUGCAGAUGCACUGCGAUAAGUGUGGUGGCCAGGGGAAGAUGGUUAAGCGGCCUUGUCCUGUUUGUAGUGGGCAGCGCGUGGUGCGCAAGGAGGUCGAGACGUUUGCCACCAUUGAACCGGGUAUGGGGAAGGGCACGCGCAUCGUCUUCGAGAACGAGGCCGACGAGAGUCCCGACUAUAUCGCCGGCGACCUGGUGCUCAUCCUCGAGGAGCGCGAGCCCGAGCUCGCGGCCGACCAGGAGCACCGCACCGACGGUACCUUCUUCCGUCGCAAGGGCAGGGAUCUGUUCUGGAAGGAGGCUCUGUCGUUGCGUGAGGCCUGGAUGGGCGGCUGGACCCGUAACAUCACCCAUCUCGACGGCCAUGUCGUUCAGGUUGGCCGGUCCCGUGGCCAGGUCGUCCAGCCCCUGGCUGUUGAGACUGUCAAGGGCGAGGGCAUGCCGUUCUGGUCCGAGGGCCAUCUGCAUGAGUCCGAGGAUGAGGACGAGAGCCCCGGCGACUUGUAUAUCGAGUACACCGUCAUUCUGCCGGACGAGAUGGAGAGCGGUAUGGAGAAGGAGUUCUAUGCCCUGUGGGAGAAGUGGCGUAAGAAGAUCGGCGUCAACCUCGAUCAAGACAGUGGUCGUCCCGUGGCUCCUGCCCGCGUCGUCAAGGAUGAGUUAUGAUAUAGUGGAUCUUGCAACAACAGCAAGUUGUGCCCUGUGUGAUUGUAUAUGCUUCUAGUUUUUACUUUUUCAUUCGGGCCGCCGCCGCUUAGAUAGACACAUUC